GCCCGAGGAGGGAGGCUGGCUACCACCCCGCACAGUAAAAUAAGCGAGAAAGCCGGCGAGCCCUGCCACACUGUAGUACCGGUGCUCGCUGGAGACCCGAGAUCUGGCUUUCCAGGCUGCUCUUCUACUCUUAAUUUGCGGAAUAGGCGUACAUUCACAUGACCUUUUUCUGUUUUGCCGUUUUACCUUAACGUUCGUCAACUGGAAAAGUUACAAGGAUGUGGGAAUACUGAAGUCUUAUUUUGAGAGUUAAUUCGCACAGGUUAUGCUGACGCGCGGAUUGAGAUGCUGAGGGAAUGGAGCUGAGCAGACGAGAAGCGCCUCUAUAUGGGCAGCUGCAGGCCUGUGUGGUAUUGCAGAAUCCUGAGCCUGGUCCAGAGGAGGCUGAAUUCUACAUGGUAUGGGAAGGGUCCACAUUGGACCACAUUGCUGUGGCUCAGAGAGAUGAUGAUGGUCGUACCCUGCACUUCACUGUCCCCGGUCAUAACCUCGCAGAGGUGGUCUCUGUCACUGCUUACCUCUACGUUGCGGGCAGACCCAUCUCCUGUCUUGGCAGAUCCUCUCUUGAGUAUGUCCAGGAUGAUGCUCAGGAGCUGGCAGAACUCUUGAUCUCCCAUUCUCAGUGCCCGCGAGCCAGCAGCUGUCAGGACAUCUUCAGCAGAUUCGGCCUGGAGGAUGAAGCCACCAGCAGGAAGCUGGAUGAAAAUGUGACAAAGGCAAUGGCGAACCUGGGCUGUCUGUCUGCAUGGAAUGUCCCCGCAAGCCAAUCAGGAGAAGAGUCCCCAGCCCGGCCCAGGGAGACUCUCCUCCACCUGACUGAGCGUCUGGGCCUGCCGCGGCUCUCCCAGCUCCUCCUGCGUCACCCGGAGGGCGUGAAGGCCGUGGCCCCGCCCAGCGAGGAGGGGGAAACGCCCCUGCAGCUGGCCAGAGAGUCCAACACACCGGCCCUGCUGGAGCUGCUCGCUGACCCACCUGCCCCGCCGGUCACACCCCAGGCCGGAGGUGAGGAGAUUUCGGCAGACGGCUCCCACAGGUUCUGGUUUUGCCAUGACUCAGGGACCCUGGCAGUCCAGCGGACCUCGGACAAGGACCUGGAAGCCAACAUUCUGCUCUUAAGGAAGUACUUAAGGGAUAAUAACCUACUGAGGAAAAUUAAAUCCCAUGAAAUAAGUGGAUUGCGGGAUGAACAUGAAGUAAUUGGAGAAGAAAUAAACAAAGACUUUUCCCCGGACUUCUGCGGAGGGGACCAUGCGCUGGCAGAUAGCGUUCAGGUUUUUGAGGAACAGCUUGUGCUUUCCCUAAAAGAAGAUGAGGAAGAAGCUGCAUCAAUUCACUCCAAUAAAAGGCAGUCCGCGUCCGACCGCAGGCCCUCAGCCAGGUCCACGUGGUCAGCUGCAGGGAGGCUGUCUGCCAUGAUCAAUGGGAAGGACCACGUCUACGCCAACAGCAUGCUGGUGGAUCAGGUGAACGACCUGGACAUAAAGUACAGCAUCGCAGGGGUGACGGGAGACAGCACGCUGACGGACAGCGAGGGGUGGGACAGCGGCAGGGGGAGCCCCCCCGAGCCGGCGCCCCGUCCCUCGGAGGCGUGUGCAUCCGGAACUCGGCUCUCUCCCCCCCAAGCGGAGAGAUCCCCCCCUGCCUACCCCUCCCAUGCGCCGUCCCCCCUCCCCGCUGAGCUGGCACUGGCGCGGGCCAACCGCGCGCCUCGAGCUAGGACCUCCAGCGGGGGCACAAGCCCGCAACGGGAGACCAGCGUACUCAGCCCCAGCUUAGUUGCUCUGGAGGUGGACAGUGAAGAGGAGGAUCUUUUGGACAAGUUGCCUUGUUCCCAGCCCUCCACCUCCCCCCAUUCGGGGAGCGUUCUGCAGGCCAGCAGUGGAGAUGAGAGGGACUCCUUUGAUACCUCCCCUGACCUCAGCUGCAGCCGCACGCACUCCUCAUCCUCGUACAGCCACCCCCCCGCGAAGGAUUCGGGGGAUUUUGCGGUCCGUCUGCGCUCCUACUCCUACUCCUCCCCCAAGAUCAGCCUGGUGCGUCCCCGCUUCACCCGCGACGCAGCCAUCGCGGACCUCAACGAAGAUGGUGUGUUCAGCAGCAGCGGCCGUUCCCUCCUUCAGGCUCUCUCUCUGUCUAAAUCGCUGUCUCUGCUCAAUCCAGUUAAGCAGCGUGCUUUCAGCUUACCAGAGCCUCAGCAAGAGAAAAGGGAGAUAGGUUUCCGCAAAAGGGCACAGUCAGCUGAGGACGAGGGCAGCGUGGCAUUGGCAGACUCUCUCCGACACCUCACCCUCUCCGAGUUCCUCAAAGAAAUCGAAGAAGAGGAGUGGGACAGGUAUAUUAUACCGUCGAAGGCAGAAUCGGAGAAGUACAGAGUGAGUCGUACUUUCAGCUUCUUGAAGAGCCGGAUGUCAAGCACUCGCAACAAGAACAAGGGCAAGGGGAAGGACAAGGAAGGCAAGGAGAAGCCACUGAAGGCACACCAUUUUGCGGCCGGGUCCGGCACCAGCCUCACACUGUGCUUAGUCUGUGACAAGCCAGCGAUGGCAAAGGACCUUCUGCAGUGCUCCAACUGCACAAUAAACGUCCAUAAAGGCUGCCGAGACUCUGCAACACCAUGCAUGAAGAAACAUCAGGACAAGUAUGCAGUGGUGACAAAGAACAGAGCAGCUUCCCUCCCACAAAGUACAGGUAGCACUGUGUGGGAGUGUCCCACAGCCUGCCCUAUCCCCACGUCUGCCUCUCUUCCUGUCAUGACUGGCCGGGACAGGAGGGAUCAGGUGUGCCUCCCAAACGUCCUGUCCAAGAGCGUGCCUGCGGUCUCCGAGCGGAGGAUGAGUGAGAGUCUGGAGGGAGAUGGUGAGGCCAGUGUGUGGAGGAACCGCUCCCAAUCUGAGGAGCUGCUCCAGGUGAUGGAGUCCUCCCCCUCCACCGACUCCUCUAUCAAUGAAGACACAGUGGACGCCCCUCUACGCAACGACCUAAACGCAGAUAUGCUGGACUAUGAGGCCGAGUCCUGGAGCAUGGCUGUGGACCACAAGUUCUGCAAGAAGCUGGAGAAGAGUGUCAUUAAGCGGCAGGAUGUGAUCUAUGAGCUGAUGCAGACGGAGAUGCAUCACAUCCAGACCCUAACCAUCAUGGCGGAGAUCUUCCGUAAGGGCAUGAAGGAAGAGCUGCAGCUCGAUCACAGCACAGUGGACAAGAUCUUUCCCUGCCUGGACGAGCUCUUGGACUUCCACAAGAGCUUCUUCUGCGCCAUGAAGGAACGCCGGCAGAGCUGCACUCAGGAGGGCAGCGACAGGAACUUCCUCAUCGACAGGAUCGGGGACAUCCUUGUGCACCAAUUCUCAUGUGACAAUGCAGAAAGAAUGAAGCAGGUGUAUGGCGAGUUCUGCAGUCACCACACGGAGGCCGUGAACUUCUUCAAAGAACUCCAGCAGCAAAACAAGAAGUUCCAAGUGUUUAUCAAACAACAAAGUAAUAACUCAUUGGUCCGGAGGAGAGAGAUCCCAGAGUGCAUCUUGCUGGUGACACAGCGCAUCACUAAGUAUCCAGUUCUGGUGGAGAGGAUUAUUCAAUAUUCACAGGAAGGCACAGAGGAGCACGCAGACCUCUCCCAAGCGCUGCUCCUGAUCCGGGACGCCAUCGCCGCGGUGGACCUGAGGGUCAACGAGUACGAGAAGGAGCAAAAGCUGCUGGACGUGGUCAACCGCAUGGACAACAAGAGCUUCGCCAAGCUGAAGAGCGGGCUCACCUUCCGCAAGCAGGACCUGCUGAGCCAGGCCAGGACGCUCAAGCACGACGGGCUGCUGUACUGGAAGACGGCCACCGGGAGGCUCAAAGAUAUCCUGGCGCUCCUCCUCACAGACGCGCUGAUAUUCCUGCAAGAAAAGGACCAGAAAUAUGUAUUUGCUGCUGUGGACCAGAAGCCCCCAGUGAUCUCCCUCCAAAAACUGAUAGUCAGGGAGGUGGCCAAUGAGGAGCGAGGGAUGUUCCUGAUAAGUGCGUCUGCGGCCGGCCCAGAGAUGUACGAGGUCCACACUGCCUCAAAGGAGGAGCGAAACAACUGGAUGAGGCUGAUCCGGGAGGCAGUAGAGAGCUGUCCUGAGGAAGAGGAGCAGAAUGCUAGUGAGUCUGAGGAAGAGUGUCGGGCUGCUGAAGCCAGGGCCCAGAAGAUCCACAGAGUACAGGAGACACUAAACUCGCAGGACCAGCAGAUCUGCGCUAGGUUAGAAGAGAAGCUGAAGAUUUAUGCAGAGCUAGCAGGGCUGAGUGCGAGGGAGGAGCCUGUGGCACAGCCCCGCCUCCUGGUCAGGCCCAAUCCGGACGAGGUUCCUCAGGCCAUGGCUCUGCUCACCGCUGCGCUCAGAGAGGCUGAGAACCUCACCGCCACACUGACUUCACAGUCCUGUCCCUCAUCCUGCGUUUCCCUGGAAACCCUUUGGGAGCCCAGUUCUCCUGUCAAUCUGGCAGAGUCUAGCAGCUUCAGCAGCAUCCCAGCAUCCCCCACUGAAUCCAGUUACUUGGAUACCCAUAGUUCGAGCUCAACUUCACUGGUAUCAGACUCCGAGACGAGAGAAGGGGAGUGCUUAGGAACAGACUCCCUGAUUCUGCAGUAUCUCACACAGCUAAAGCAGGGGGAUGCCAACAGUCUCAACCUGAAAGUGGUACAGAGUGUACAGAGCCUGACCCAGCUGCUCUACAGUCUGCAGGCGGUGGUGACCAUCCAGGACAGCUGCUUCGAGGUGCAGAGGCUCCUCCUCCAGGAGAGCGAGCGGUUGCCCCGCCCGCCCUGCCCCCGGACCAACGUCCUGCAGGAGCAGGAGAAGCAGCGCAACCUGGAGAAGCAGCGGGAGGAGCUGGCGGGCGUGCUGCGGCUGCAGGGCCGCCUGCAGCAGGAGCGCCAGCGCUGGGAGAGGGAGCGCGAGCUCCGCCAGCGCCAGCAGGGGGAGCAGGAGAGCCGGCUGGAGCGCCGCGAGCACGAGUGCCAGCAGGAGGCGCUGCGCCUGCGGCAGGAGCGCCAGGAGCUGGACGGCCAGCAGAGGGAGUACCAGCAGAGCCUGGAGCGGCUGCGCGAGGGCCAGCGCCUGGUGGAGCGCGAGCGGGAGCGGCUGGAGGCCCAGCACAGGCUGCUGCACGGCUGGAGGCACGCCCGCCAGAGGAGCCUGCCCGUCAUAGUGAUCCCCACCAGCGAGCACCAGGACUCCAGUCACAGCCAAUCCGGUGCCUCUGACGAGGACGGUUCGGUCUUCAUCAACGAGGCGGCGCUCCAGACGCCUCGAAACAACCGUCACCUUCGCCAGCAUCCGAAUUCUGGGUCAUCGGCCUACCCUGACACGCCCAGCGCCCACAACAGCCUCAACUCCCUCAUGGGCUGCACCCAGGACGAGCGGGCCUCCUGUCACGACCUCGUCCUGUCCCAAAACCACGGCAGGACAGGGAACACCGCCUUGGAGAGUGUGGACGAGAGUCGGGGAAGGCAUGAUCGGGGGCCCGUAAGCAAUGAUGUGAACAUGCACAACUACAACCCAGAGAAGUGGUCUUCGGGACCAGCGAUGAGCAGAGCAGGGUGUUAUCUUGGGUUCCCCACGUCUCCUGUAGGAAGCCCCCUCCACCCUCAGCCAUACAUCUCCAUGGAGACAGAAAAUGGGGAGGAAGGGGGAGAGGAGAACAUUGUGUACCUCUGAAUCCCAUUUGGGGAGGAGAGAAAACUUAACCAUGGACUGACCUGUCCCUCCUUCAAGAUUUAAUGUGGAAAUUGUCCAUGGAAUUUUUGUGCAUUUGCUUAUGUGUGUUUAUAAAAAUAUAUGUACAUUAUGUGUAUGCGUAUACGCAUAUAUAUGCAGUGAAUAUGUAUUUGUAAUUAAUUGUAUAUUGGUUGUCCUGUAAUUUCUGGGUGAAUAUGAUGGUCUUAGGUUGUAUAUUGUUGUUCCUGUAACUGUGUUAAUGAGCUGCCUUUAUGUCCUGUUGUGUUGGAGAUAAAAUCAAGCGGUUGUGCCUUUGUGCUCAGAUCAGACCCUUAGGUCCCCUGAAACUCUCAGCAGUAGCUGCCCCUCACAGAUCCCAGAGUCCCAAAGCCCCGCGUUCAUGCCAUCCCACCGUCCUAUCCGCCGCGCUCCUCGAUUUCGCGGGCCAGAGCGGGUUCCCGUGUCCCAUCUCUAGCCACCAUCGCCCGCCGAGCGUCUCAUUCGCCCCCCUCCCAUCUGACUCCCGCCGCGUGUUUGAGGUCCGGAGGCUCCGCCGCGGCUCUGAGCCCUCGGGCCUCCCGUGACAGAACCGGGUCGUUGAAUUUGCGGGCCCCGCGCCGCCUGCGUCCUGCGGCGCGGGCGAUCGGACCGCUGGCGUCCUGGGAAAGGAUAAGGGCCGCUGUCGCUGGAGUCGCUCCGCCGGCUGAUCGUCUGGCCUGGGAAAAAGAAAGCAGUGCCGCGCCAUACAUCAGAUGAGCUCUGUUUGCGAAAGUGGCAGGACCCAGGAAAGGCAUUAGCAAUGAAUGAUUAGCUCAGCCAGUCUCGCGGUGAAGCAUUUGUCCUUUGUUCUUACCCGGUCUGCUAAAGUGCGUCAGAAAAAAAUUAAUCCGUUUUAUUCUUAAGAUUCUGUUUUGUGGAGGAGAGUCUUUCGCAGGUUUUGAGGAAAUGUCCCCUUUUUUAAAAUCCUUUUUCAAGUAAUUUUACAGUAAUUUCAUUCUAACAUAACUAUUGUCUGCCAUUUUAGUAGUUGUUUUUCAGUAGAAAACCUAUUUUACAUGUGCGUGUACCAACAGCAUUUGAAAAUAUGGUCUUAGAUAUGCAAACUUAAAUGCAAAGACAAACUUUUCAGCUCCUGUGGUUUGUACCCUUGUUUGCAUAUUGUCGUUUGUCUGCCUGGAGAUACAGCAUUUCUGUGAACCAUCCAAGCACUUUAAGUAAUUUAGGCUGCAGCUUGAGCUGGAUGAUUCUCUGAAUGUAUUGUAAUCUUUGUUUUACCACACUAUUUUCAGAGCCAAAAUGACAAAUACAAUACAAAAUAUGGACACCUACCGCAGGUCUGAUGGUUCAAUACUCAGAAUGGUAAGAAUGAUGCAGCCUUGCUCUUCAUCCUAUCUUUAUCCUUAACUGUAUGGGUUUCUCCAGUGGCAUUCAUGUGGCAUGCAAAUGAGUUUCUCUUGAAGCAUGAACAUUCAUCAUCUUCAUUCACUUACAGUGUCCUUGAAAAUCUACCCUCUGCGCAGAAAAUGAAUCCCAUUCAAUAUUUUAUUGCGAAAGAACUAUCUGUAAAAAUGAGUGCCUAAAUAAUCUUGUGUAAAAGAAAUGAGACAGGGAAAGCUGUCCAAUCACAUUGUUCAGUAACCUUGUUCAAUAACCAUGCAUUGUUAUACCAUUUAAAAAAUAUUUUAAAAAAGGUCCACAGCGACACGUGCAUUGAUAUUUUAUGGCAAUGUUGUAUAUAUGUGCGACAUAACAAUUUUCAUGUCUGUAACAGAAAUAUGGACAAUAUAUGCAUUGUACUAUGGUUAUUUUCCCUCAGAAUAGUGUAUACUCAUCUGUAUUUUUCAAGUUGGUGUUGUGCAGUACAUUGAAAACCUACAUUUCUUCUUUAUUUUGUGAUAAUCCUGUUGUUUAUUGUGUUUUUCAAUUAUGUUUUUAUUUAUUUAUGACACUUUAGUUUUUGUGUAAAUGGAAUGUGUCAAAAUGUUCUUGUUUUGUAUUCCAUCUUGUACAGAGGCAGGUUGGCCAGAAUAUAUUAUUUCAAGCCCUGUACUAUAUAUCCCAGUAAAAAAAGUGCAACAUCGUAAGCUCCCCAUAAAGCUAAUUGAACCUUUCGUUCCAGU